UGCGAGUGGAAAAUAUCGCGAGAUUUUUCUAAAACACACAGUUUGACGAGAGUUCAUCCCGUUGACGUCAUCUUAACGAGACGCAUUCCCCGCAAAAGCAAGAAGCUAGCUAUCUCUAGCUAACAAGCGACGUUGUUUUGAAGAAUGGCGUCCUCAAAGAAGGGGAAGAAAGUGAUAAAUCAGGAGGAACUGCGACGCUUAAUGAGGGUAAAACAGAGGCAAACAACGGACAAGAAGCGCGUGGAGUCUCCUUUUGCUAAGUACAACAGUCUCGGGCACCUCAGUUGUUUACUGUGCAAUGUGCAGGUGAAGUCCGAGCUACUGUGGCCUGCGCAUGUUCUUGGAAAACCACACAAAGAGAAAGUUGCCGAGCUUAAGUCAGGGAAAAGUCAACCAGCGACACCACAGAUACAACCGGUGAAGAGAAAAGCACCGGACACCGAGGACGACAGCGGGAAAAAAGCGAAACCUUCAUCUUCAGUGCUAUCGGAUGAUGUCUUUAAGAAACCCCACGCACCGGUUUCUACGCAAAAAUCUGCAGGACUGAGUCUGUUGGCUGGAGUUUAUGAUGAAGAUGAGAUGGAAGAAGAUGCUGGAGAGGCAGGAACUUCAUCAACUCCCGCUCCCCAAAAGGAAGUAUCUGUGGGACUACCUGACGAUUUCUUUGACAGCUCCAUCCCAUCCACACCUGCCGUCUCUCACUCAGGAUCCAUCCUCAAAGCAGACGGGCAGGAGAAGAGCACAGAGAAGAAGGACAACUCAGCCGAAGCACUGCCAGAGGGCUUCUUCGACGACCCUGUGAGAGAUGCUAAAGUGCGUAAUGUUGACGCACCCAAAGAUCAGAUGGACAAGGAAUGGGAUGAGUUUCAAAAGGAGAUCCGACAGGUGAACACAAAAUCUGAAGCCAUCGUGGCGGAGGACGACGAGGAGGGUCGCCUGGAAAGGCAGAUUGACGAAAUUGAUGAACAGAUGGAGUGUUACAGGAGGGUUGAAUUACUAAGAGAUAAGCGAGAUGUGGUGAAAAGGAAUCAGCCACAAAAGGAUGAAAGUAUGGAGGUCGAUGCCAGCGACGAGGAAGAAGAGGAUGAAGAGGUGCUGAUGGGGCUUCUGUCCGGGGACUGGAGGGCUAAAGGGGCACUGGCUUAAGUGAUAACAUUGAGAAAAAAGCCAUGUGUGUAAGUCUGUCAGUAAUCCAACAAUUGUAAAUAUGUUUGAUAAAACAGUGUCACCUCCUUUUUGUAUAUUUCAAACUGAAAUAAAUGUGAUGCUGUGAUGUGAAACAUUCGUUUGUAGAAAAAUUCUGUCAUUUCAUCACUAAAAGGAACCAAAUGGAAAUCAAACUUUUUAACAUUGUGUUUAUUCAUUGGUGCUCACACAAAAACACAUUCAUAAAAUCUCCCCAUUUACAGCAGCAGCAGCAUGAACCCAACAUGUACAGUAUGUCAUUAUGGUCAAAGCUGUUACAUUGUCCUGCAAAAACAAGAAAUCGACUAUGUUAAGUUUAUAAAUAAUGUGUUCAUGUUACAAUAUAAGCAACAUGCAAAGCACAAGAUAAUUAUUUAAAAAAGAAUGUACAAUGUUGAGAUUAAGACUGUAAAGAAAAUGUUACCAACCCCCUCACAACAUGAUUUGUGAGAAUACAUUUAAACCAUCUUGACAGAGUACAACAAUGUUUAAGUAUGACCCAUUUGUAAUGUAAAUACACCAUUAUUAGGCCCAUAAAAAUUGAAUAAAA